CCAGAGUCUCCGCGAAGGUGAGAGGAAGCUUUCCACCCAGGCGGGGGAGGAGGGCGGGCAGGAAGCGGAGCCAACCCUGGCAAAGAAAAGCCUCCAAUUCCCAGCCCCCCGCCCCGCGGGGUGCGGGCCGGCGGCGCAUGCGCGACGCCCGGCCCCCAAUUCCCCCAGCGAAGGAGGGAGGCCCCCGGCGGACGCGAGGCUGCGAGCCGCGGCGGGACCCGAGCGCACACAGGGGCGCGGCGGCGGCGGCGGCGGCGGCGGGGCGAGCCGGGGCUGCGGAAGCGGCCGUCGAGAGCGUGGAGCGCCCGGCUCGUUCGCCCAGACGCAAGCAGGCACCCGAGGGCACGGCCGGCUCGGCCCUGAUAGGGGCCUGGCGCCCGCAGCCCCCCACGCCCGAAGAGGGAUGCGGUGCGCCCUGAGAGUCCGGUAGCGUCGGAUCGCUGCGCUGCGUACCCGAUGAUGGAUGAGCCGUGGUGGGAAGGGCGCGUCGCCUCGGACGUUCACUGCACCCUGCGCGAGAAGGAGCUGAAGCUGCCCGCCUUCCGAGCCCACUCCCCACUCUUGAAGAGCCGCCGAUUCUUUGUCGACAUCUUGACGCUGCUGAGCAGCCACUGCCAGCUCUGCCCUGCGGCCCGGCACCUGGCCGUCUACCUGCUGGACCACUUCCUCGAUCGCUAUACCAUCCCCACCUCCAAGCAGCUGUACACCGUGGCGGUCUCCUGCCUCCUGCUCGCAAGUAAGUUCGAGGACAGGGAAGACCACGUCCCCAAGCUGGAGCAGAUAAACAGUACGAGGAUCCUGAGCGGCCAGAAUUUCACCCUCACCAAGAAGGAGCUGCUCAACACGGAGCUGCUGCUCCUGGAGGCCUUCAGCUGGAACCUCUGCCUGCCCACGCCCGCCCAUUUCCUGGACUACUACCUCUUGGCCUCCGUCAGCCAGAAGGACCACCACUGCCACAGCUGGCCCACCGCCUGCCCCCGCAAGACCAAAGAGUGCCUCAAGGAGUACGCCCACUACUUCCUAGAGGUCACCCUGCAAGAUCAUAUUUUCUACAAAUUCCAGCCUUCUGUGGUUGCUGCAGCCUGUGUUGGGGCCUCCAGGAUUUGCCUUCAGCUUUCUCCCUACUGGACCAGAGACCUGCAGAGGAUCUCAAAUUACACCCUGGAACAUCUCAGCACAUGCAUAGAAAUCCUGCUGGUAGCUUAUGACAACGUCUUUAAGGACGCUGUCGCGGUCAAGAGCCAGGCCUUGGCAGUGGUGCCCAGCACGACCCCCCCACCCACCCAAGUGCUGUUCCAGCCGCCCGCCUACCCCCUCAGCCUUUUUUUUUUUUUUUUUUUUUUUUUUUUUCACCCUCCGCCCCUGGAUGUGUGCCCCCUGUCCCUCCCCGCGCCCCUCAGCGUGCAGAUGGCCAUCACAGCCGAGCCCAGGCACUGCCUCGCCACCACCUACGGAAGCAGCUACUUCAGCGGGAGCCACGCAUUCCCCACAGGCUGUUUCGACAGAUAGGGCACCUUCGGCCACACAGGGAGGCCUUGGAAACUCACGUGGGCAGGGGAAGAGGACGCAGAUGAGGGGAGCUCCGCCGCGUGAGGCAGCGGGGCGGCCGUCCCCACAGAGCCUCACUGACUUCCAACACAGAGGUUCAUGUUCUUUUUAAGUAAAGCCCACCCAGAGCAAAAUAGUCCAUGACAUGCCUCCCCCGAGAGAAUUCCUCUGGAAAACGUCUUCCCCGUGUCGGCUCGGCCACCAUCCUCCAGAGGAGGGGCCCGCAGGAUUGAGAGAGACCUGGUGAGAGACCAGGAGACUGGACGCUGGAGGCAGACCGCCCGUCCGUGAGCAUGUCCGGGGUCUAGCGUCGGAGACUUCUUCCUCCCCGCCAGCAGCAGCUACGCUGGACGAGAAGGGCCUGCCUGACGUGUUCUCAGGACCCCCAGCAGAUGCCAUAUUGGGUGCUCUUUCCCUGGCUUCAUACAGAGGGCCCGCGUGUGUCUACGCCUGAGCGCCCACCUUCCGGGGCCCGGUGGGUGGCUGUCUUGCCUUUGUUGUCAAACCUAAAACUUUAUUUGGCCUUUUAGAUAUUUCACAUGCUGCUGCUUCCCGAAGUGACCUAGCUUUCUGUUCAGUAAGAGAUCUUGUUUACAUACUGUAUCAGGGAUUUUGUGAUACUUGAAAAUUCCUUAGGAGAAAACAAAGGUUGAUUGCCACACUGCCUGUCCCACGCAAGGGCUGUGGGUUCGAACCCAGCUUGUAACAGCAGAGCUCCGUUUUCAAAAGCAUAUGGUUGGGGAGAGCCACUUUCCAGGCUCUUGGUUCUGGAAGAUUCCAUGUCUUGGAUGCUGUGUUCACCGGUGGAACUUCAACAACCACCCAGAGGAAAAGGUGUCUGAAGGGUAGAUAAAGGUUUACGACUAACAACCCCCACCUCCCUCCGCCACGGGCUUACGGUGCGCGAGGUUAAACCCAGCCUUGGCUUUGAGUUUGGCUAAUAGGGAAGGCUAACAGUGUGGAAUAUUUGCUUCAUGCCAGCUGGAUUUGGGGAGCGGGGCACGUACAUGGGUAUAUGGCACAACCACUGACAGGCAAGCGAUUGGUUGGAUCGAAAGCCAGUAUUUGGGUCCCCGCAGCGAAUGGGCUCUCAGGAAGACUCUUGUGACCAUGUGCAAUAUGUUUUGAUUCGGACUCGUGGCUUAUGCUCACUGUUUUUUGUUUUUUGUUUUUUUUUUUGGUUGGCUCGGGGUCACGGGGACGCAUUGUUCACCCAUCACAACUGGGAGGUGCAAAGAACCACAGAAGCAUUUUUUGUUUGUUCGUUUUAAGAAGAAUCCAUCUUGGUUUUCUUGGCCUAUGUGCCAGUCCGGGAGACUGGCUCGGGGACGGCCGGGGAGGCGGCUGCGUGCUGCUCAGUUGGAUCCGAAGGUGAUUUUCAGAGCGAAUAAAAGCUUCGCAUAGAAGCAGAAGAAGGGGUGACGUGGAUAAGGCGCUGCUGCCACUUUGUCACAAGUGUAGAAAAACUACACGUUCAUUUGUUGCUUUUCUCUUUUUCCUUUGCCAACCUCCUCCUAUUUAUGUGAGACCGGUUUGGAUUCCAAGUUAAUGUGUCCGUCUGUUCUGGGACUGGGGUUUGUGGGGGGCCUCCAGUAGAGCCUCACGGCCAGCCCAGCACCCAGAAAAAGGCGUCCUGCAAUAAACAUAUCACUUGCUCUCGG